AGAAAUGCUGAUCGAGGUGGACGGCUGCUGCAUUCGUUGGGGAGAAACAAAAAAAAUAGUUCCCCAGUUGAUAACAGAGAAUAAUAGGAAGAGAGGAGGGAAGCGCUACUCGGGACUCGGGAGGGGGCGACCUGAGAAUCUAAUCUCACUACAACGAUGUGGAGAAGGGUUUCUUCUCACUUGCAGGCUCUGGUUUCAUGGAGAUCCGCUGUGAAACUUGAUCGAUCCGUCAUCAGCGGAGAGAAGAUUUUAAGAAACCGAGCACUCACUUCGUUGUCCUCGUCAUCGGCACCGUAUCCGUUCCAGAGAACUGCACCUUUGUUUUCUCACCAGGCCACUUCCGAUGCCGAUACUAUUCUGUCCAAAGGGAAGAAGAGGGUGGAAGAUGUUAUUCCCAUAGCCACCGGACAUGAGCGGGAAGAGCUGGAGGCAGAGCUUGAGGGAAGGAAUCUUCUUGAAAUGGAUUAUCCUGUUGGUCCUUUUGGUACCAAGGAAGCACCAGCUGUUAUUAAAUCUGUUUAUGACAAAAGAAUAGUUGGAUGCCCUGGUGGUGAAGGAGAGGAUGAGCAUGAUGUUGUUUGGUUUUGGCUGGAGAAAGGCAAGCCACAUGAGUGUCCAGUGUGUUCUCAAUAUUUUGUGUUGGAAGUGGUUGGUCCUGGAGGACCACCUGAUGGCCAUGGUGAUGAUGACCAUCAUUAAUGCAGCUUGCAACUCUCCUGUUGGAAUAAAUAUUGUAGUUCCAAACAACUUGCAUUUGUUUUUGAUGGAUAUUCAGUUCUUGUGACCCAUAUUGACAAUCUUUGGGUCUUUGAUUUUGUUUGUGGGCCUGGUUAUCCAUUGGACCAUUGAAUUCUUUUACCCUUUGUCUAUGCAUCAUCAAAUAAUUGAUGGCUGCAUUUUGAUUUUUAAGAUCAUCUUUUCAGCACAUCAAGGGAAUUGCUAAACCUUUUACCUAUUAUUUUUUCAUGA